AUGGGAGCUUCUCCGAUUCAGAGGACAUUUUCAACAUUAGAGCAUGAUCACCAUAGUCUUCUUGCAGACAGCAUUGGAGAUGAAAUAAUUGCAAGAAAAUCCAAGUUACAUAGUUAUGGAAGGAGCAUUAAUGGUUUUGCGGCAAAUUUGUUACCUCGUGAAGCAGAUCAACUAUCAAAAAAAGAGGGAGUUCUAUCGGUGUUCCCAAACACCAUGAGAAAACUUCACACAACCAGAUCAUGGGAUUUCCUUGGAAUGCCACUAAAGAAAACAAAAAGGAACAUAAAAGUUGAAAGCAAUCUGAUUAUUGGCGUAAUUGAUACUGGGAUUUGGCCCGAAUCACCUAGCUUCAACGACAAAGGCUAUGGCCCUCCUCCUCCAAAAUGGAAGGGUAAAUGCGUAUUGGGUGCUAACUUUACCGGUUGCAACAACAAAGUCAUCGGUGCACAAUAUUCCUACAUUGCAACUAAGGCCGACCCAAAACUCUCUGCUAUAGACACGGAAGGUCAUGGAACCCAUACGGCUUCCACAGCUGCAGGUAUCCCUGUGAAGAGCGCUAGUCUAUACGGUAUUGGGAAAGGUGUAGCAAGAGGUGGAGUGGAUUCAGCCCGUAUAGCAGCAUACAAAGUAUGUUGGGCUGGUAGUUGUUCAGACAUGGAUUUAUUAGCUGGAUUUGACAUGGCAAUUGCCGAUGGAGUGGAUGUAAUAUCUGUGUCGAUUGGUGGAGUUCCUAGACCAUUCUUUGAAGAUUCAAUGGCUAUUGGAGCUUUUCAUGCAACGAAGAAAGGGAUAUUCACAGCUUGCUCUGCAGGAAACGACGGUCCCUACCAGCUCACGGUACAAAAUACAUCACCUUGGAUCACAACCGUAGCUGCAUCAAGUACUGAUCGACAGUUUGUAUCUGAUGUGACGUUGGGCAAUGGUGAAACCAUCAUGGGAAUUGCUGUUAACACAUUUUCAUCUAAGAAGAAAAUGUAUCCAUUAAUAAGUGGUACUCUUGCAGCCAAUAGCAGUCAGCUAUACAGAAAUGCAAGCGCUUGUGACUAUGGGGCUUUGUCGGAUAAGCUGGUGAAGGGAAAAAUUGUGUAUUGCUUGGGAAAAAACCAACAAGAUUACACACUCAUUGACCAACGUGUGGCUGGGUUAAUUAUGACGAGAGAUAAGGACCAUGAUUUACCGUCUUCAUUUCUCAUCCCGGGAACUACAGUAAGUCAAGAGGAGGGUAUAGAUAUCGACCACUACAUCAACUCCACCAAAAAGCCCGUCGCCAUCAUAGAGAAAACAAAAACAGUAAAGAUGGAUGAUGCACCAUUUAUCGCAUCUUUCUCUGCCAGAGGACCGCAACUUAUAACUCCAAACAUUCUUAAGCCUGAUAUUGCUGCACCUGGACUGGGGAUAUUGGCUGCAUACACAAAACUAUCAAGCAUGACAGGCCAUCCGAACUAUGACAAACGGUUCGUCGAUUACAAAGUAGCCUCUGGAACUUCAAUGGCUUGUCCUCAUGUGGCUGCCGCUGCAGCCUAUGUCAAAUCCUUUCACCCCACUUGGUCACCCGCUGCUAUCAAGUCGGCUCUCAUGACAACAGCAACACCGAUAAAAGUGAGCCCAGAAGACAAGGAAUUGGCAUCAGGUUCAGGUCUAAUAAACCCCACAAAAGCAAUAGACCCUGGUCUCGUUUAUGACAUCAACAUGAGUUCGUACAUUCGUUACCUCUGCAAAGUAGGCUACAACAGCACAACUCUUGGCAUAAUGAUCGGCGGAAAGAGACAAUAUGAUUGCAAAAACUUUAAACCAACUAAAGGCGUUGAUGGUCUCAAUUACCCUUCCAUGCAUUUUCAGGUUGAACAGAACGUCACAACUUUUUCUGCAGUCUUUAAACGGAUUGUAAAGAACGUUGGAAAUGAAAAUGAAGUCACAUACAACGCGAAAGUGGUGAAUUCCAAGGGUCUUUCCAUCAAGGUUGAACCGAGUACUUUGACAUUUAAACAAGUGAACCAGAAAAGAUUUUUUACGGUUAUAUUGAAAGGGAAAUUUGAUAAAAAGGAGGCGAAUUUGUUGUCUGGAUCAGUUACUUGGAAGGAUGCUAAGCAUUCUGUAAUGAGCCCAGUUGUUGUAUAUAGGUACAUACCUUCAUUGUGGUAGUAUAAUAAGGUUUAGGAGCACAUUAGAUUUGUUUCU